AAAAUAUUUAUACUCAUCCAUUGUGACCGAUCGUUUGCACAAGAAGAAUUAUAAGCUAUACGAUUUGGUUUUUCAAUUAUGCAGCAAAACAAAGUCAUAAAAUUAUUGAAAAUCAAUUUAUGAAAGGUAUUUUGGAAAAACUAAAAUAACAUUUGAUGGAGUGGAUAAAGUUAUAAGGCAAUAAAAAACAUGGACAUAGAACCACCCACAAUUUACUCGGAUUCAGCGUCCAUGCAAUCGAAUUCUGAAUACUCAGAUGCUGAAUGUGAACCCCAUAUAGAAGACAACGAAUAUUUCCAAGAUACAGAACGCGAGCACAACGAGGUGAGCCAUAGUGUUAUAAGUGAAAUACGUGAAGGUUUAACGCCAGCACAAGACACAGUGAAUGGUGCAAAUGACAACAGUAGCAAAAACUCUGCUACAAUAGACAAUGUACAUAAAUCGGUGUCAGCUGAAUCGUUACCCAUAAGCAAUAGCACCAGCACAAUAUCUGGUGAAAUAGUUAACUCAACAGGCGCUUUAACUGUCGAUGAUGGUGAUGACAGCCAAUUUGACUAUAUGCAUGACAGUGUGUGGCGUGAACAAAAGAAACACAUAUUUAUAUUGAGCGAAGCGGGUAAGCCCAUAUAUUCCUUGCACGGGAAUGAAGAUAAACUAGCAACCUUGUUCGGUGUUAUACAAGCGCUGGUUAGCUUCGUACAACAUGGACAGGAUGCUAUUACGUCUAUACACGCACGUGGCAUUAAAUUUGUAUUCCUGGUGCGCAAUACGCUAAUACUAGUUGCGGCUUCACGUACAAAUAUGAGUGUGCCACAGUUGCAACUUCAAUUGAGCGAUGUAUAUAAUCAAAUACUAUCAACGCUAACGAACAAGCAUGUCACACGCAUAUUUGAAAAACGUAAAAAUUUUGAUCUACGCCGUUCACUAGCUGGCAGCGAAAGAUUAAUCUAUCAUUUGCUCGCAAAUGACAGCAGUAAUAAACGAGUGACCAACAAUGUCUUCACAUUUUUAACAAACUCCAUACGUGUACUACCUCUGCCGACGACCGUACGUUCAAGCAUCGUUAGCGGUAUACAAAGCAAUUGUUCAAAAAUCAAGGAUUUAGUGUUCGCCGUGCUCAUAGCUAAUAACAAACUGAUAUCAUUGGUGCGUAUGAAAAAAUACUCCAUCCAUCCAGCGGAUUUGAGGCUAAUCUUCAAUCUUAUCGAGUGCUCUGAGUCCUUUAAGUCCUCUGAAAAUUGGACACCUAUCUGCCUGCCGAAAUUCGAUAUGAAUGGUUAUUUGUAUGCGCAUGUUUCCUAUCUGUCCGACGAUUGCCAGGCGUGCCUUUUGUUACUCUCAGUCGAUCCGAAUGUAUUCUUUACGCUCUCCGACGCGAAGAGGCGCAUAACGGAUAAAUUACGCUCGUCAAAGUGUCUCGACGCGAUUAAUAAAGAAAUUGAGAAACCUACUAACGGCGGUUUAAAUUUAAACCUUAUUGGCAUACCUGAACUACGACAUUUCCUAUAUAAACCUAAAACGGCGGCACAACUGCUCUGUUCCGAACUUGUACCACCGUAUACGACACUAAACGAAUUCGAACGCUUAGAAGGCAUCUAUUGUGAUUUAUUGCAUCGCAUACACAACAAUUCGCGUCCGUUGAAAUUAAUUUACGAGGUACGCGAACGUGAAGUGGUACUGGCAUGGGUAACGGCUGCAUAUGAAUUGUACGCGGUAUUCGAACCAUUGGUGGAUAAGUGUGCGGUGAUUAAGAAUGUCGACAAGUUGAUUAAGUGGAUUGAAAAGGAAUAUGAUGUAUUCUUCAUACGAAACCAUCCGACUUUCUGAGGCUGGUGGUUGCUUGGCGAAAUGUUAAGCGCCGAGUUGUAGUAGUAGACAAUAGAGCACAGCGCGAAUAAGGCGAAUUGGUCAAUUUUUAUUUUGUUACAUAUUAACGGUGUAUCCAGCUGUGCUCAUUAUGUAAAUUUGUAAGUAUUAUUGACUUGCGUUAAACACUAAGCCUAAAGUACUAACUAAAAAAUGUGUUUGGCAUUUUUUCUUUUGACAAUUUGAAAUAAAGUGUAAAUAAUUUUAAAACCGUUAUACACAUAGCUACAUAUAUGCAAAAUCCUUAGUUAAUACUUAUAUAGUUAAAUGACGUUGAUGAUUAUUAGUGUAUAAUGGAAAUAAAUAAAUCCAAAGGAGUGAAAAAAAUAAAACUCGGUUACAAGCAUAUAAAUAAAGUUAGACUAAGCAUGA